ACAAGGAGGCAGGAACACGUGGAGGACCGGAAAGGUCAAUGGAAUAGGAAAAAAAGCAAUGAGCGAAGACUGACUUUCUUUUUUUUUGUUAGAAGGGCGAAGACUUACUUGGAAGACCCAAAAAGAAAAAGGGGAAAAGAAUGACUGAUAUUCUCGCGAAAAGAAUGAUUGAUAUUGUCUAAUGUCCCACGAAGUCGACUGUUAGAUCGAACACGACACGGAUCUCAAAGUACUUCGAUCUCUUCCAUUUGCCAUCUAUCAUUGCACGGUCCAACAAACGGAGGGAAGAAACUUGGGGCGCACUGCGCCUGGAAAACUUACCGCGCAAGAAACUUGACGGGCAUACGAAUCCCAUGUCAUCGUUCGACACGUAAGCUCUCCUUUUAGACUAAACGAAUUAUAAAAUUUCGAUCCAGACACGCCCAAUACCAACUCCACUUGCUCCUCUUCUCCAACCAUAGAACAGAGGGCAGCUGCGAUCCAACUCACCAGACGACCACCGAAUCCAUCUCCAUGGCUUCAUUCGACAAAGCCGUAGAAUCCUACAAGAAAACCCUCGCCGCCGCCGCAUCCCUUGCAGCCUCAGCCAUGCUGGUCCGCUCGGUCGUGAACGAGUUCCUCCCUCAUGAAGUCCAAAGCCUCCUCCUUUCCGGCUUGAACAUCUUUCGAACCCGUACUUCCUCCGAGCACGCCAUCGUCAUCGAGGAAACCGAGAAGUACGCCAGCAACCAAAUCUACGAGGCCGCCAAACUCUACCUGGCCACCAGGAUCAACCCCUCCAUGAAGAGGCUGAGGGUCAGCAGAGUAGAUGAAACAAAGAGCAUGGUCAUCUCUUUAGAACCAGGCGAGGAGAUGACCGAUGUCUACGAAGGGGUCGAGUUCAAGUGGCGGCUGGUUUGCCAGGAGUCGGAGGGAUCGCACAACAGCAACUUCCGGCAAGCAAACACCGCAACCGAACUCCGGUCGUUUGAGGUCAGCUUCCACGAGAAGCACAAGGACAAGGCAUUGAAUUCUUACCUGCCGUUCAUCCUCGCCCGAGCAAAAGCAAUGAAGGACGAGGAGAGGAUGCUCCAGCUCUACAUGAACGAAGGGGAAUCGUGGUUCCCAAUAAACCUUCACCACCCGUCGACAUUCGACACGCUGGCGAUGGAGGCAGAGCUCAAGAAGGCAGUCAUGGAGGAUCUCGCGAGGUUCGUGAAAAGGAAGGACUACUACAAGAGGAUUGGGAAGGCCUGGAAGCGAGGGUACUUGCUGUACGGCCCGCCAGGGACCGGCAAGUCCAGCUUGAUUGCAGCGAUGGCGAACUAUCUCAAGUUCGACAUCUAUGAUUUGGAGCUCACCGAAGUCGGAUGGAAUUCGACCUUGAGAAGAUUGCUGGUUGGAAUGUCGAACCGAUCGAUUCUAGUGAUCGAGGACAUCGAUUGCACCAUUGAGCUGCAUCAGAGGGAGGAGGCUGGAUCGUCGAAUUCAUCAUCAGGCAACGACAAGGUGACGCUCUCAGGGAUGCUCAACUUUGUCGACGGACUCUGGUCGACCAGCGGCGAGGAGAGGAUCAUUGUGUUCACCACCAACUACAAGGAGCGGCUCGACCCGGCACUGCUCCGGCCAGGCCGGAUGGACAUGCACAUCCACAUGGGCUAUUGUGGUGCCCAUGCAUUCAGGGUCUUGGCUUCCAACUACCAUGCCAUUGAUGACCACCCAUUGUUCCCUGAGAUUGAAGGGUUGGUGAGGGAGGUGGAGGUGACCCCGGCGGCGGUCGCGGAGGAGCUGAUGAGGAGUGAUGAUACUGAUGCUGCACUCCAUGGGCUCGUCCAAUUCCUCCAACGGAAGAAAAUGAAAGCUAGCGGAGCCAAGGGCGAGGGAGAUUGUGGCGAACAUGUCGCAAGAAUGGAUUGAGACGCUGGUGUGCAGGUGCCACAAAGAGGAUGACGAAAACAGUGCUUUUCUUUCUUUCUUUUUAUAAUUGAAAUAAAGAGUUUUUCUUCCUUGGUCCAACCUACUCGAUAUAUAUUUUUGAAUAAACGAAACUGGUGGCUUGCAAA